GCAUCUAAACUGCGAUUUAGUGAUUAAAUAGCUGAACAAAAAUAUUUGUCUGCUUUUUUAAGAUGAUGAUUCAGUGCUUUCUGAGGCACUGAUUGAACAAUUGACAGAUGUGAUUACUUUAAUGAACCAUUUUCUUUUAGCUUUGGUCCAUGUUAUUAACCGCAAUUCAUGAUGUGUUUUAAAUGAAAUUCAUCUAACUGGUAUAGAUACACCAGACGCACUGCCUGCUAAAUUUGAAGCAUCAAUUGCUUCUUCAGAAGUUUUGAACUUUUGUACCAUUAUUUUAAAACUAUUUUGAGUAACAUUAUUAUAGCCGUGCAAACCUGUCAUCAGUGUAUGGCAUACAGAAACUUUACUAUCAAUUCAGACAUCAACUUGUAUUGCGAAUUAUUUUGCAAUAAAUUAAAAUUUUUAUUCUUAAAACACAAAUUUAAGAGACGUUUUGAAUAAUUAAAUUUGUGUGCUAUUAAAAAUUGAAGAAGAUAUUUACAUGGCUCAUAAGUAUAAAAUUAACUCUAAGAAAAUAUCUAUCCAUGUAUAUAUAAUAAGCACCAUGAAUCGGGAAUUAUAAUAUCUGAUAGUGAUUAGGUGAUGCAUCAUAAUUUGUGGGCCGUAAAAUUAGACACUAAAAUGUUUGUAUGAACAAUGUCCACAGAUCAUUGUUGAAAUGCAUUAGCUUCUCUUGUCUCAAUGUAUAAUCAAUUGUGUAAUUCUAGUGGUCCAGGUUAUACAGCCCGUUAUGUAAGUGCAUUCACUUGCAUGCUGGCAAAGGAGACUGUACUUAAAUGCAACAGGUGUCUGGGAUAUGUGUGUCACUUUUCUCACCUCGUUUAGUAACUUGUACUUUUCUUGAUCAAAUUAUUUAUAAUUGUGAGGGGUUCAUGAAGAUUUAUGUCAAAACAGUUAUAUAAAUCAAUAAUUAUGAGCAAAUUAAACAUUAAUGUAGGGCACUAGUGCCGAUCAAGAUAACCGUUUCAGCGAUAAGCAGAAAAAGUUGCUUAAACAGCUGAAAUUCAAUGAAAUCCUUAAUCGAAAGGUUGAUAUGAACAAGAUCAAUUUAGAUGUUGUUAAACCUUGGAUAGCCAAAAGAAUUACUGAUAUGUUAGGAGGAAUAGAAGAUGAUGUUGUUGUUGAGUUUGUAUUUAAUCAACUUGAAGCUGAAAAGUACCCAGAUGCAAGGAUGAUGCAGAUCAACUUGACUGGCUUUUUGAAUGGAAAAAAUGCCCGAGACUUUAUGGCUGAACUUUGGGCAUUACUUAUUAGUGCAGAAGAUAGUGCUGAUGGUAUUCCUGCAGCUAUAUUAGAACAAAAGAAAGAUGAAAUUAAAAAAAGAAUGGAAGAACAUGAUAGAAUAUCUUCAAAUUUAAAGAAAUAUGAAGAAAAGUCAAAGAAGCGAGAACGUAGGUCCCGUCGUAGUAGCUCUUCCUCAUCUUCCUCCUCUUCCGAGCAUGCAAGAAGGAAAAAAAAAUCUACUGAUAAGUCUGAUGUAUCUUCCAAAAAAAGCGUCAGUAGUGAUAAAGAAAAUUCCAAAAGCUCUAGGAAGAAGCGUUCGGAAUCUAAAUCAGUUUCUCCAGUUAGGCAUGGAAAAAAGAAAGACAGGUCACAUUCCCAUUCUCCUCGAAGGAGUCGAUCUGUGGAACAGAACAAGUCGCCAUAUAGAAAUCAUUCAUCUCCCCGAAAGAGCAAAUCUCCUCGACAAGUUCUUUCUCCUGGUGCUGAUAACAAGAAAGCAUCACCUAGAACAAGAAGCAAAUCCCCCCCAAAGAGCAAGUCCUCAUCACCUGCCAGAGAAAAAUCACCCCAGCAAAGUAAAUCUCCAUCACCCAUUAGAAGAAAAUCGCCCAGGAAAAGCAGAUCUCCAGCUUCAAAAGAAAGGAAGAGGUCUCCAAAGAAAAAGAGCUCCCCUCGUCGAAGUCAUACACCACAGCGUUCUAAGUCUCGCCACAGCAGAAGCCCCCGCAGAAGUCGUUCACCUGUUAGAAAAAGACCUUCUCCACGACGAUCUCCCAGUAAUCGAUGGAAGCAUUCUCCAAGACGCAGCAGAUCGCCAGGAAGAAGGAGCCGUACACCUCCUCCUAAAAGGCAUAGAUCAUCACCACGUCGUAGUCGAACACCACCUCCUCAACGUAAUCGACCUUCUAGGCGCAGCAGGUCUCGCUCAAGAUCUCCUGUCAGGAGGCAUUCUCCCUCUCCUCAUAGGCGGAGCCCUCCAAGAAAGCAUCCUCGCCAGAAGUCUCCACCUGUUAAUAGCAGACGUACUCCAACACGACGUCGUUCUUCGCCACCAAGAAAAUCUCGUUCUUCAUCUGGAUCUUCCUCAGGAUCUUCUGCUUCUUCUGCAUCUGUUUCUCCUCAGCCAUCUAAAAGAAUUAAGAGAAGAUCUUCAUCUGAAAUGGAUCGCCAUGUAGAUGUAUCCAAAAAAGUGGAGAAGGCCUUUGAAAUAGUACCUAAAAAAAACUCUGUUCAGAAGACAAGGCAUUAUAGAUCACAUGGGCGCGCUUCUGAGUCAAGUUCUGAAGAUGAAUCCCCAGUGAGAAAAGCAUUGGAGGGGAAAGGUAGAAAGGUUUCUAAAAAGGGAAAUGCCAGAAGUUCUUCAUCUUCCUCAUCUGGUUCAUCGGAAUCACAUUCUGCUUCUCCUUCACCUAGAAAAGGAAGACCAAGUCCUUCAUCAUAUAAUCGCAGAAGUAGUCCAUCUCCAAGAAGGCGAAAUACACGAGCCACUCCACAAUUUAGGAAUAGAAGAUCACCCACAGAUGAUCGCAUGCGUCGAAGAUCUUUCUCACAAGAUAGGCGUUCUCCGAUGCGAGAUAGAGGUCGAUAUGAAAGAGAAAGAAAUUAUCGUAUGGAAAGAGAGAGGGAACGAAGUUGGUAUAACCGUGAAAGGAGUUUCAAUGAUAAUAGAAAUUACCGAGAUAAUCGAGAAAGGGAGAUGGAACGUAGGGAGAUGGAGCGUAGGCGAAUGUCGCCCAUUGAUAGACGUCAGCCGGUUGAUAGGAGGCGUCGAACACCAGAAGAUCGAAGACGCUAUUUUGAGCAAGAACAAAGGAGAAGGUCACCUAAUCAAAAUAUGGAUAGACGGUACAACAGACGACCAAGCCCUAGAGCUCGACCUAGAACGCCUACUCCUGAAGAUCCACGAAUGAUGGACAGAAGACGAGGGCGUUCUCCUAGUGAUGUUCGUGCUAGAUCUGGAGAAAGACGUGGUAGAUCUCCAAGUGAUAGGCGGGGUAGAUCUCCUAGUGAUAGGCAUGGAAGAUCACCUAGUGAUAGACGUGGCAGGUCUCCCAGUGACAUGCACCAGAGAUCUAGUGAAAGAAUUAUGUCAGUUGAGAAAAGAGGUGGUUCUCCUAUGGAAAGGCUUAGGCGAUCUCCUAGUGAAUCUUAUAACCAAAGGAAAAGAAAUUUUUCUCCUCCUCCUGUAAAAGCAACAACACCAUCUGCAUCACCAUCACCAGUUCGUCAAGUUCGCCAGGUAAAGAAAAAACGAAAGGUUGAUCGUGAAUCGAGCUCUUCUUCCGAAGGAUCACCUCCUGCUCAAAGAAUAAAGGUGAAGCGAGAAGUUUCCGAAUCACCUGUCCGGAAAGUAAAGCGACGUUCCAUAUCUAGAUCAAUUUCACCAUCCCGUAGGCCAAAGUCACUUGAAGAUGACAGAAAACUGCAAGACGAUCAUGUUUUUCAGGUAAUUUCUGAGACAGUGAGCCAUGAGAAAAAGAAAUCUAGGCAAUUGAAAGAGAAAUCCAUCAGUCCUGAAAGAAUCAAAGAUGAAAAUGUUCUACCUAUAAAACGAAGCGGUUCUCUUCAACGGUCUGAUCAAUCAGCUUCACCACCAGCUGCGAUACCUAGUGAUGAAGAACCUAGAAAGAAAGAUAAGAAAAGAAAUUCUUUGCCAGGAACAGAGAAAGAACACAAAGAGAAGAAAAGAAAAUCCAAGAAAGGCACAGAAAGUAGUGAGGCUCAGGAAUCUGACGUUGAAGUAACUAAAAAGAAAAAGAAGAAACACAAAAAGCAUAAGAAACACAAAAAGCACAAAAAACAUAAGAAAAGUAAAAAAGAGGAUGAGGAUGAGCCAUCAGCUUCUGAAGAUGAAGUGGAGCGUAAAUUGCGGGAACGAGCUUUGAUGUCAAUGUCCAAAGCUCAGACUGCUGCAAGAGAGAGUGAUAAUGUGGAUAAAGAUGGACAGAACUCAUCCUAAAAACAACUUUUCAUGUUUAUGCACCUCCAAUCAAUGCAAAAGUUUUAAAGCAUUUCCUUAUUGUUGCCUAAAAGUGUUAUUUGUUUCACAGCAUCCUUUUCAAAAUAAUAAUCAGGUUUAUUGGUUUUCUAAGCUUUUUAGUUUCUUUGAAAAGGCCUGAAGCCUUUAUUCAAUAAAUUAUGCCAGUAUAAAUUCAAAUCAACCACCAUCAUUUUUAUAUACUAUGAAAAUAUAUUUUUAUCAUAAACUCAUUCAGAGCAUGCAGUUGUAAAUUUUCAGUAUUUUAUCAAGGAUUCAAAAUAUUUUUUAAAAUUUUUAUUAUGAAUUAUUAAAAAAAGCUGGGAGCUAAAAAUGUAUCAUUUAAUUAUCUAAAAUUAGUAUUUUGUGUUCUAAAUAGCUUAUAUGAGAUUUAGAACUGUGUAAAUAUAUUUUAAUGUAGGUAAAAUUUUGUUGAAUCUCUAAAUAGAAGAGCUCUUGUUACUUAAACUCUCAUUACUUAAAUUGCAUAUUUUAGAUGAAAUCUUGUUACUUGUGUUGAUCAGAGGUGCAUUCUUUGUAUGAUGUGUGGAAUUCUUUUAAUGCAGUAUAAGAGUGGGAAAAAAAAUCCCCUGCUUGUGAGUCAGAACAUAAUUUUGUGCUCUGUGAUCUUAUGUUAAGUUCAAAACAAUAAAUUUGUAAUUACAAUUGUU